AUGGACUUUAGAAAGGAAAAUAAAGAUGAAGGAGGAAAUGGCGAGAAACAGAACAAGAAGAAGAAGAAUGAUCCUCAGGUAAGUUUGUCCGGUCUACUAUACUUUGUAGACGGGUUAUGGUCAAACUCUGUGGAGGAACGGAUCAUAAUAUUCACAACCAACCAUAAGGAGAAACUCGAUCCGGCAUUUCUGAGACCAGGAAAGAUGGAUGUUCACAUACUCAUGGAUUAUUGUACGCCUGUUGUCUUCAAGAAACUCGAUGCUUUGUACCUAGAUAUUCGAAGAACAUGA